CAUGGAGGGCGAUUUGGGGGCCCCCAACGCCAGUGUGCUGGGGGAACGCUCGCUGCUGGUGGGGAGCAGCUGGGUGGCUGCUUUCCUCUGCUUCAUCAUCCUGCUGACCACAGCAGGGAACUUCCUCCUCAUCCUCCUCAUCGUCACCCAGCGCUCCCUCCGCAACACCUCCAACUACUUCCUGGUGUCCCUCUUCAUGUCCGACCUGAUGGUGGGACUGGUGGUCAUGCCCCCGGCCAUGCUCAACCAGCUCUACGGCCGUUGGGUGCUGCGGGGCGACUUCUGUUCCCUCUGGUACUCCUUCGACGUCAUGUGCUGCAGCGCCUCCAUCCUCAACCUCUGCGUCAUCAGCUUGGACCGCUACCUGCUCAUCAUCUCCCCCCUCAAAUACAAGCUGCGGAUGACCUCUUGCAGGGCCCUCUGGCUCAUCCUGGCCACUUGGACCUUGGCUGCGCUGGCCUCCUUCCUGCCCAUCAAGAUGGGUUGGCAUGAGCUGGACUUCGAGAUCCGGUCCCCAAACGUCACCUCCCGGGGGGACGAGGACCAGUGCCGGCUGCUGGUCAGCUUGCCCUACGCCUUGGUGGCCUCCUGCCUGACUUUCUUCCUCCCGUCCGCCGCCAUCUCCUUCACCUACUGCCGCAUCCUCCUGGCAGCCCGCAAGCAAGCGGUGCAGGUGGCUUCCCUCGCCUCCAACGUGGCCACCGCCACCACCGACGAGACCACGCUGCAGGUUUCCCGCACCCCGAGCCAGCCCGCGGCUGGCAGCGAGAGCCGGAGAUUCGCCAACAAGCACAGCAAGAAGGCGCUGAAGGCCAGCCUGACGCUGGGCAUCCUCCUCGGCAUGUUCUUCGUGGCUUGGCUCCCCUUCUUCGUCACCAACGUGAUGCAGGCAGUCUGCAGCUGUGUCCCGGCCGGCUUCUUCGACGUGCUCACCUGGCUCGGGUACUGCAACAGCACCAUGAACCCCAUCAUCUACCCGCUCUUCAUGAGGGACUUCAAGAGGGCCAUGGGCAAAUACCUGCCCUGCUGCCGGCGCUCGGGGGAGCCCCGUCCCAGCGCCAUCUCCCUCUCCAUGAGGAACUCCAACAGCGGACCCCGCGCCGCCACGUCCCUCAAGAACGUCCUCACCUUGCAGGCCGAGACCGACUCGGUCGAUUCUGGGGCGCUGGGGAACGAACGCAGCCUGCUGCCGGCCAGCGACGGCCCCCCGGCUCUCCCGGCCCCCAGCACUCGCUUGGUCAACCUUUUCGACGUGGAGCCCCCGGACGCGGAGCUGCAGCCCAAGCAGCUCGGCGCCCCUGUGGCCUGAG